UUUUCAGUGAUUCUGAGAAUGUUAAAGUCUUUUUGGUAGUGGUCGCCCUCUAACCGAGGCUACCUGGUAGUUCAAAUGAAAAUAUUUUAAUUUUUCAAAAUGGGGUUUGUUAAAGUUGUCAAGAGUAAAGCAUAUUUCAAGCGAUUUCAAGUCAAGUUUAAAAGGAGGAGAGAGGGAAGAACAGAUUAUCAAGCUCGAAAACGAUUAGUUGUUCAAGACAAGAAUAAGUACAACACCCCCAAGUAUCGUAUGAUUGUACGCAUUACUAAUAGAAAUGUUAUCUGCCAGAUAGCGUAUGCCAGAAUUGAGGGGGAUGUGAUUGUGUGUGCUGCAUACUCUCACGAACUCCCUCGAUACGGCAUUAAGGUCGGGUUGACCAAUUAUGCUGCAUCGUAUUGUACUGGACUUUUGCUAGCUAGGAGAUUACUUAAAAAGCUUGGAAUGGAUGAGAUCUACAAGGGCUGUGAGGAAGUAACAGGAGAAGAAUAUAGUGUCGAAGAUAUUGAUGGACAACCUGGUGCUUUCCGUGCUUACCUCGAUGUUGGUCUAGCUCGUACUUCCACUGGUGCUCGUGUGUUUGGAGCAAUGAAAGGAGCCGUUGAUGGAGGCAUUGACAUACCUCACUGCAAUAAGCGAUUUCCUGGCUAUGACAAUGAAAGCAAGGAGUUCAAUGCGGAAGUGCAUCGUAAGCAUAUUUUUGGUCAACAUGUGGCAGAAUACAUGAAAAUGUUGAUGGAUGAAGACGAAGAAGCAUACAAACGACAGUUUUCCCAAUACAUUAAACUUGGGAUAACUCCAGAUGAUGUUGAAGAGAUAUACAAGAAAGCUCAAGCUGCAAUUCGAGCUGAUCCAGAGCAUAAGCCAAAACCUCCCAAGGCCAAUAUUGUGAAGAAGAGAUGGAACAGAGCCAAAAUGACAUUUUCAGAACAUAGAAAUAGAGUGGAACAGAAGAAGAAGACUUAUCUGAAGAAAUUGGACGAAGGGGAAGGUCAAUAAGUUUGGUUCAGAUCAUGUAAUGUUUUGAAGACCAGACAAUAAUAAAAGCUUUGUUAAAGAAAA